UCGAUGGCUCGGCUGCGCCUCAGAUAACAAACCUAUCGUUGAAUAUACACUCAACUCAACUGAAUAUUCUGUGCAAUGCUUUAGGUCUGGAAAAUGGCUGCGAAUAUGUCUUUCAAUCAGCUCUUCAUUUUCUGUUUCGCCAACAUUUUUAUCAUCAAUACAUUCCUCGUCGGUGUUAUCACAGCCACCACUGAACCAGAGGUCAUCUUCGAGGCUGCCUUCCAAGGCGAGUGUCGGGUGUCUGGUCCGUGCCAUCAGCUGUGCUUUGAUCUUCAUGAUGGCGAGUGUCGGGUGUCUGGUCCGUGCCAUCAGCUGUGCUUUGAUCUUCAUGAUGGUACGUUUGAGUGUGCUUGCUCAAGUGGGACUCUGGACAACAACGGCUACAGUUGUAACGAGAACAGUUUAAAUGGAGUGAAUUCGACCAAAAAUCUUAGAAAAGUAUUAAGAAAUAAACAACUAUUUGUUGGAAAACACAUUGAAAACAAUCUGUUGGACACAAAUGAGGACCAAUUGGAAGAAUUAAGUGCUCAACAGAAACACAUAUACUAUUCAUGCGCUGACAUUGAGUGCGAGGCCGGAGGUCUUUGCAUAUUAGAUGAAAGGCAUUUAGAUAAGAGAAUCAGAUGCCGGUGCCCUUUGGGAAGGGGAGGAUUUUUCUGUGAGAAACCCGUUGAAAUCCGAUUUCCGCGGUUUAGAGGAACGUCUUAUUUAGCGCUCCCGACCCUAAGAGAUGCCCACAGAUCCAUGCAAAUCAACAUUGAGUUCAAACCCGAGCACUACGACGGGGUUGUGCUCUAUAGCGGUGAACAACAGACUCUGGAGGGAGACUUCAUUUCCCUGACACUCAAUCAAGGAUUUGCUGAAUUCAGAUUUGACUGCGGAAUGGGUGAUGGAGUGAUUCGGAGUGAUAUGCCAGUGGUUCUCAACUCUUGGAACACAAUAACCAUAUAUAGGGACGGAUGGACGGCAUGGAUGCAAUUGAAUCAGGGACAACAAAUAUCCGGACAAUCAAAGGGCUUAUUCUCGAGAAUAACGUUCCGUUUGGAGACAUUUCUGGGCGGAUCGCCUAAUAUCAGUCAAAUUGCCAAAAGAGUUCAUUCAGACAAUGGUUUCGUUGGAUGUGUUCGUGCGCUUCAGAUCAAUGACCGGACGUAUGACUUUCGCACUGAUAAUAGGGGUGACACUAUUGAUGGCGUCGAUAUUGAGAUGUGCACUUCAGACAUAUGCAGCAAAAUCUCAUGUCUUAACGGCGGGCAGUGUGUGGCCCUAUCAGCCGACAGAGGCGUUUGCUUAUGUCCUUUGGGAUUUGCCGGAGAUUAUUGCGAUAUAGAAACAGAUUUCAUGAUUCCGUCGUUCAACGGGUCCUCAUAUUUACAAUUCCCAGGACUCGGACGCACUUUCCUGUCGUUUAUUGAAGUAAAAGUCGUGUUCAAACCCCGUUCCCCUAAUGGCCUAUUCCUGUAUAAUGGGGAUCGAAUGGACGGCAGCGGAGACUUUGUUUUACUUAAUUUGAUUCAUGGAUUCGUUGAGUUUCGCUUUGACUUGGGGUCGGGUCCGGCAGUCAUUAGGCAAGGGAUACUGCAAGUGAAUGAUGAGACACCUGUGACGGCACACUCUUACGGAGGGUUCUCUCAGUUGUCGCUUUCACUCAAUCUUUUCGUUGGAGGCGUUCCUGACUUUAAAGACGUUCAGCGAAAUGCUUUCGCAACUAAUCUAUUCAGUGGUUGUAUUCAAUCAGUUAUUGUCAACAAUCGGCCGCUUUUGCUCUUAGAAGAAGCCCUAUCGGGAGUUAAUGUAGUCGACUGUCCACAUCACUGCAAUGGUCAGCCCUGUCUCAAGGGUGGCAGAUGUGAACCACAACUCGAUUCCUAUCUCUGUCACUGUCCACUCAAAUCUUUUGGUAAAAAUUGCGAAAAAGGAAUCGAUGAUUUGGAUUCGAGUCCAAUGUUUUACGGAAACAGUUAUUUUGAAUUUACCAGCGAAGAGAUCAUGAAGAGAGUGAUUGGCUCUAAGAUAAGCAUUCAUUUGAGAGUUCGUGCCUUUAGCCCUGAAGGUGUCAUCUUUUGGACGGGCAUUAGAGAGUCAACCGGUUUUAGCGAUUGGUUUAGCAUUGGUGUUGGCGAAGGAUUUGUUAGAUUAGCCUUUGAUUUGGGUUCGGGAGAAGUGGAGACGGUAUACAACGUGAGCCGAAUAGAUGAUGGCCAGUGGCAUGACAUACAUGUGUCGAGACACAAACGUGAGGCACAACUCCGAGUGGACGACAAUAUCCCAUACAAAGCCAUAUCUCCCGGAUCUCAAAUCCAAUUAAAUACAAAAAGUGGAUUAUUCUUAGGGGGCUUAGAGGACACUCCCAUUCAAACGUAUAAUAAAUACAAAAGAGGUUUCAUCGGUUGUGUAUCGCAUAUAACUUUGGCCACUGAUUAUCACAUAAAGCCUAUGACUGAAGCCAUUCGAGGCAUUAAUAUUAGAUCAUGUAUUUAGUUGUGGUGUUUGGCAAACAGACAGACUUUUCUACCACCACUACCUCACCCUUCAGAAGAACUUCUAUUGCAAUAAAUUAAACUAAUUAUUAUAUAAUUAGCAAAUUAUGGGCAAAACAUGAAACUGUGAUAAUCAUAUUAUGCUUCACAACAUUGUACAUAAAUAUUUCUAUUAUUUGUCCAUCGAUUCAAUCGUCGAUUCAUUUUAAUUAUCAAAUAUUUUUGGUUCAAAUGAACUUAAAAUCUAACACACAAUCAAGUC